CUAGCGGCGAUACUGCGUAUUUCCAUAGUCAUCGGUCGGGUCAGCCGUGUUCUCGUAAAUCAAAACACAUUCUUGUCAUAGGUGUAGGCUGACGUUACUGCAAAUAGAAAAUUGAAGUACGGGAAGCGGUGAAGACUGUGGUAGUUCACUGAUAUCGCGUAUCGUAGGCCGACGUUUUUAGAUUAUAUCGCUGAGCUAAUCGUUUCUUUAGAACCUACGACACGUCGCUUACAAUUUAGUUAUUUGCAGAUUUAAUAAAUAAUGGAUCAGCAUCAGUGCAAUAAUGAUGAAACUAAUGAGUGUUGCGAAGCGACUCGGGAUUACGGCAUUCGACAGACUCUGGAGGAAAUGGAUUUUGAGCGCGGAAUCUGGGCGGCAGCUAAGGACGGCGACUUGGAACGCGUGCAGGAGUUAUUAGACAGAAAUGUCUCGCCCAACGUGGAGGACUCUGCUGGCUACAAACCGCUGCAUUACGCCGCGCGAAAUGGCCAUUACGACGUGUGCGAACUGCUGCUGGACAACGGGGCGGAUAUAAACGCCGUCACCCCUGCUGUAGGCGCAACCGCCCUGCAUCGUGCGGCCACGCAAGGCCACAGUAACAUUGUCAAGAUGCUGUUGCGUCAUGGGGCGAAUGUUAAUCUCGUAGAUGCGGAUGGUAGGACAGCCUUACACCGAGUGCUUUCGGCACCCUUGCCUCGUGAUCAGGUUUUCGAGCAAUUGAUACCAGUUACCGAUCUCCGGAUCCGCGAUAAGGCUGGACGUACCGUAGAGGACUUGGCUAUACUGAACUGUGAUGAGAACGCGCAACAUUUAAUCAAGAUGAAGAAGAAAAAAAUACAGGGUAAAAAUAGAUAGAUAGUAAAAACAGACAAGCCACUAGAAAACCAGCAAAGCACUGAAGAAGCAGCUGUCCGGCAGCUGAGUGGUCGGAUAAUUAGGAGGAAUAAUAAAGAAGGUGAAAGAUCGAGCGAGA